GGCAUACCACCAUCAUGUCAGUCUUCCAACGCGAUCCAAGAGCCGGAUUAUUCUUUGGUGGUGAUAGGGUAUCCGGUCAAGAGAUACGGGAUCAAAAUGUCAUUGCUGCACAGUCGAUCGCUAAUAUCGUGAAGAGCUCGCUCGGCCCUCUGGGAUUAGAUAAGAUGCUUGUGGAUAAUAUAGGAGAAGUGACAAUCUCCAAUGACGGGGCAACCAUCCUUUCUUUGCUAGAAGUCGAGCAUCCUGCAGGACGUAUCUUCGUCGAUCUAGCACAAAAACAAGACAAGGAAGUUGGAGACGGUACUACUUCCGUCGUCAUCAUCUCCGCCGAGUUACUCCGUCGUGCAAAUGAGCUCGUCAAAGCUAAAAUACAUCCUACGACGAUUAUUGCUGGAUAUCGGCAUGCAUGUCGCGAGGCAUGCAAGUUCCUUGUUGAUCAACUAAGCAUCAAAGUUGACUCACUUGGUCGGGAAGCGCUUGUCAAUGCUGCGAAGACGAGUAUGUCGAGUAAAGUCAUUGGCGGUGAUGAUGAUCUUUUCGCGCCCAUGGCUGUUGAUGCCAUGCUUGCUGUGAAGACCACCAAUGCGCGUGGUGAAACAAGGUAUCCGGUCAAAGCAGUCAAUGUACUCAAAGCACACGGCAAGAGCGCGCGAGAAUCGCUCUUCGUAAAAGGCUAUGCAUUAAACUGCACCGUUGCUAGCCAAGCAAUGAAGACGCGAAUCUUGAAUGCAAAAAUCGCAUGCUUGGACAUCAACUUGCAAAAGCAGCGCAUGCAAUUGGGCGUACAAAUUGUUAUAGAAGAUCCGAAUCAGUUAGAAAAUAUUCGUAGACGUGAAUCUGAGAUCACGCUCGAGCGUGUCCGUAAAAUCCUUGCAUCAGGAGCAAACGUUAUCCUCACCACAAAAGGUAUUGAUGAUCUCUGUCUGAAAGAGUUCGUGGAAGCAGGUGCGAUGGCCGUCCGACGGUGUCGUAAGGAAGACCUUCGUCGUAUUGCAAAGGCGACGGGAGCAACGUUGGUUUCGAGUCUUGCCAAUUUGGAAGGUGAUGAGACCUUCGAAGCAAGCAAUCUUGGUUUCGCAGAGGAGGUCGUGCAAGAAAGGAUAUCAGACGAUGAGUUGAUCCUCGUCAAGGGGACGAAGGUUGUCAACUCGUCCUCAAUCGUGCUCCGCGGUGCGAAUGAUUACAUGUUGGAUGAGAUGGAGCGAGCAAUACAUGAUUCAUUAUCCAUCAUUAAGCGCACACUGGAGAGUGGGACUGUUGUUCCAGGUGGAGGUGCUGUCGAGACGGCACUGAGCAUUUACCUCGAGAAUUUUGCGCAGACUUUGGAAUCUCGUGAGCAACUUGCGAUUGCCGAGUUUGCAAACGCCUUACUUGUGAUACCGAAGACUCUGGCGGUAAAUGCUGCGAAGGACUCGACCGAUUUAGUUGCCAAGCUACGCGCCUAUCAUAACGCUGCGCAAAACGCAUCGGCAGGAGACCCCAAAAAGGUCCUGUCGCGAUAUGGCUUGGACCUGUUGAAUGGCGAGGUGGUGGACAACGUGAAGGCGGGAGUACUGGAGCCGACCGUGAGCAAAGUUCGGAGCCUUAAGUCCGCCUUUGAGGCGGCAGUGUCGCUGUUGCGAAUAGAUGAUGCGAUCCACUGCGUGCCGGAGCAGAAGGGCGAACCUGACCCGCACGGUCAUUAGCAGUAGAAUAGAAGUGUAUUGAUUUCAGUGCAAAAAAAUAUAAAUGUAGAGAUCGG